CUGUGCCUAUGAACCCUUCAGAUUUUCUGCUGGAUCUCGCCAAUGGUUUGUCAAUGAAUAAUGAUCCACAUAAUCAGGAACCAGCCAUGAUUAAGCAGAAACUUGUCUCAUGCUAUAAGAGCAAUAUCGCUGUCAAGUUGGAGUCAGAGCUACAAGAAUUAACUGAUCAUGAGCAUUGGUUUGGAGAUGAAUCAGAUCAAGACAAAAACUUCGAGCGUUGGUCCACAACUUGGUGGCAAGAAUUCUGCGUGCUGUUGAGGAGAGGAAUUAAGGAAAGGAGGUACGAAUCCUUCUCCGGACUCAAGGUUGGGCAGGUUCUAGUGAUUGCAUUCUUCUGUGGAAUUUUAUGGUGGCAAUGUGAUGAUUUACAAGAUCAGACGGGACUUCUCUACUUUUUAACAAGCUUUUGGGGUUUCAACCCUCUAUUGACAGCUAUCAGCAUAUUCCCAAAAGAACGAAAGAUACUUGAAAAGGAAAGAUCCUCAGGAAUGUACAGGCUCUCAUCCUACUUCAUCUCAAGAACAACCAACGACCUCCCAAUGGAGCUCUUCCUUCCCACUAUCUUCAUCCUCAUAGUCUACUGGAUGGCAGGCCUCAAACCCUCUGCUGCAAACUUCUUCGCCACUCUUUUUACUCUCCUCCUUAGCGUUUUUGUGACGCAAGGCCUCGGCUUCGCCAUCGGCGCCGUUGUUUUGGACCAAACUUCAGCCACCACACUUGGCUCAGUCCUGAUGCUCUCUUUUCUUCUAGCAUCUGGCUAUUUUGUGCAGCAUGUACCUCACUUCAUUGCUUGGAUUAAGUAUCUCUCCAUUGGCCAAUUUACGUACAAGCUGCUGCUGCUGUCUCAGUUCGAAGCUGAUGAUACUUAUCCAUGUUCGAGGCUUGGAGGGGUUUGUAAAGUUGGAGACUUUCCUGCAAUUAAGCAAAUGGGUCUUCGUGGGAAAGCCACUACUGUUUUGGGUUUGGUGGUGAUGCUUGUUGGAUAUCGCCUUGUUGCUUAUAUUGCUUUGAUGAGGAUUGGGGUCACCAAGAGAUACUAG